AUGCCAGUUGGGCCCGACCCAGAAGAAUGCAGGCAAGCAAUCGCAGCAUUCACUGAGGCUACCAAGUGUCAUGCCCAGGCUGCUGAGGGGGAGAAGACGCGGUUGCCGGCAAAUAGCUUCCAGUGGCGUCAGUAUCGUCAGGCCACCAAAUGCUUGUUGGCAGCGUUCGCAAACUCUCUGAGGCAUUGCCUACCUGCACAGUGGUCGUUCAAGUCAUUGCUUCCGCCCAAUUUGCUGGAGCCUGCAGGUCGUCAAGGUGUGAGGGAGAAGUUGCUUGAUGAGGAGGCGAAGAUGUUUGGGGUAGCUGAUGACCGGAAGCUUUUCUUCCGGUACAGUUUCGAUUCCCACGAAGCCUGCCCCGACUUUUUUAUCCACGAGGACUUCUACCGCCUGAUUUUUUCAGCGGACGAGGGAACCGAAGGGUUCCUGGGCUUCCUCCACCUUGCCAACAACGGGCUCUAUUGCUUGUUUUGGCCGGACAUCUUUCACAGAGUGUCUCGUCGCGUUGCGCAAGCGAUUAAUCACCCUUCUUGUCAGGAUGCCAAGGACCUUUUGAGACGUUGCACCAAGAUGUUCAGGUUUUCCAGGGCUCCUUUUGGCAGUGGCAGAUUUGGAUCUGAAAUGAACGACGCUCGCAAGAAGCUUUUGGAGAGUGUUCGAGAGGGCGAGUGUGAAGAGCUUCUGGAGAUGUACAUGCACGCGGUUGCGAGGGACCGUGGCCGGCCUGUGGACACGUUCAGCAGACAUGAACUGGUUGAGGUGUUGCAGAAUGCAGCCCGCAGUCACCAUAUCCUCUCUGCAGAAUGCAAAGACUCUCGAUGGAUGUCGUUUCAUGAGCACUGCGAGCGUUGGGAUUCUCGUUGGCAUGUGGAGCUGAUGUGUCAUGCCUAUGCUUGGUUCAUGCAGGGCAAAAACCCGUGGGAUCUUGCUGGCGCCGGAAGCGAUGACUCUCCAGAAAACACCUUUUCCCACAGGCUCAAUGCUUGGAAUGUGCUCCUGGAUGACUCCAACCAGAACAAAGUGAGAAGCAUCAUCGCAGUGUUCAAGCCAUUUCGCCAAUUUCUUGGCCAAGCUGAUAUGGAGAUGCAAAGGAAACCCACGGCUUCGGUUGCGCAGGCUGUCUACUUGGCCACUGGAAGGACUUGCCAAAAGCUUGUUUCGCAAACAAUCAGUUCAUCUGUUUCUGCUGAAUGCUUGCUCCACAUUGGCCUUGAUAGUGCUGAUGACGACGAAAGCCAAGAGCUUUUGCAAUUUCACGGGAACCUGUUGCUGUCCGUGCUUGCCAGCAUUUGUGAUUUGGACCGCUACCAUACUGCUUUCCCGUGGAGGUUGGUUGCAUGCCUUGACAAGACGUCAGUGCCAUCUACGUUGAAGGAUAUGGCCAGAGAGUGGCAGUUUGUCACUGAAUUUGUUGAUCAACUGGCAGAGAACGACUUGAUUCGCAAGACGCUGAUGCACACCCGGUGGCAAGCCUAUAGGGACGCAAUGUCCAAGGCAGAGCACUUUGACUUUGACCCGAAGCGCCUGACAUCGGAUGAGGCCCAGCCCUUCCUCGAUACAGUCCGGUGCGUUAUUGGAAUCACUUCUGAGAAGCCGAAUGCCACAGACUCGGUCUUGAGUUCUUUGAGCUGUGAACUGUACUUCAACGAUCUUCGAGAUGCUUGUCGCAGGCAUGCCAAGAAGGAGCGGCAGAAUCCAAGCAACUACCAUUGCAUCUCCAUGAAGAGCGUUUCGGUGCGGAACAGUGGUUGCAAGAGCUUCCAGAUUGAAGACCAUCAAUGGCAACAUCCAAUUCCCCGAAAGCAGAUCCAGCAGCAAGUGCUUUCAGCCACCAGGGUCUCUGAUCGCACCUUGGGAAAUCCAAGUCAUGGUUUGACCAAAGCCAAGACCACGGGUCUCACGAAACCACACAUCCUCACUCAAAGGCUCGACCUCAUGAAGUGCUUGGAGUGCUGUUGGCAUGAAUGCAGUGGCAAUGUGGAGCAAAAGCGUGCAGCGGCCAUGAACGGAAUGCAAAAGCUGUGGAUGUCCAAGUUGGUCUGCGAGCAGGGUUUGAUUCGUGUGAAGGGCUCUGACCAGAUCAAUUUAGUUCUUCGUGCAGGACCUUGGAACGUUCGCAUUGUGAGCCUAGUUGGUGACAAAAAUACACCUGAUGCUUUCUUGCUCACUCACAACACAGACGUGAUGACAGUGACCUCAUUGGACGAAGUUGAGAUUGCCUUAGCCAAGCCUACGAUUCUUCAGUGUGGGACAUUGGGGUUCCAAAAGGCUGGAGAGUGGAUGAGCCUGGUUGCGUACACUGUGACUGAGGAUGGCAUCUUGGCUUGUGCUGCUCAAACCCUUCAGCGUUUGUGCGCCUGCCUCAAGGUCAAGGGCCAUGGUGGCUUGACGCACAAGCUCAGAGUGGAACUGUUCUUGAGGUGGAAUGAGUGCAGCGAGGACUUCAUCCAGCGCAUCCUGGACAUGAUUCCCGAUGUUGUGCGCAAGCGGAAAUGUGAAGACGAUGCCACUGAGGGGGACAAGGAAGAAGACCGCUUAGAGGGGCAGUCUGAAGACGAGGAAAUGAACGAGAUUGUUGACUUCUUGUUGGGUUCGAAAACACCUGACGAUGCUGAAGGUGAUGGUCAGCAGGUUGAACCAGCGGUCAAUGAAAAGAAAUCCACUGAGAGUGUUGCCGAGCUUGAUGGAGAGACUAGAAAGGACCCAGCUGCCGAUGCUGCUUCCGUUCGUGCUGACGCAGAUGGAACGCAUGCGCCGCAUGUUCCCCGCGGGCGACCGCAGGGGAGCUUUCCGCCAGGAGUCAAGAGCUACUUCGGCAGUCCGCAGGGAGCCUCCCCCUUUGUCCAAGUCUAUUUGCCGACUGGAUUUUUGCAUUUGGGCAAGAAGUCCAAAUGUUUGAGCUUUGCCGAUCCUCAGAGCAAAGAUGGGAACAAGCGCUCAACUUUGAGAUCCCGUGAGGCUGCGUUGCUUGGAGUUCAAGCCUUUGCGUGGGACUGGUAUUCCUCUUUGACAGAGAUCCAAAAGAGUUCGAUCGCAGAAGCAGACGCUGCAGUUCAAGAGCGGCCUUUGAAACGUGCCCGUUUGUAGAUACUGUUUUCAGUUGGGUAGUGGUGCUGUGUGACUAAGAAGUCCAGUGCGCCUGGGGAGCCAAAGGCUAGAUGGAAGUUGUGGCC